AUCAGGACUAAUCUUGGCCCAUUCUUCUCGACAAAACGGCUGUAGUUCAGUCAGAUUUCUGGGAAGUUUGGCAUGAAUCCCUGUCUUUAGGUCAUGCCACAGCAUCUCGAUGGGGUUCAAUUCUGGACUUUGACUUGGCCACUCCAAAACGUGUAUUUUGAUCUUCUUAAACCAUUCUGAAGUUGAUUUACUUCUGUGGUUUGGAUCAUUGUCUUGUUGCAGGAUCUAUCCUCUUUUUAGCUUCAACUGUCUGACAGACGGGCUGAAGUUUUCCUGCAAAACUUUUGAAGUCAUUCUUCCAUUAAUGCAAGUUUUCCAGGCCCUGAGGCAGCAAAACAUCCCCAAAUCAUGACGCUCCCCCCACCAUGCUUCACUGUGGGGAUGAGGUGUUGAUGUUGGUGAGCUGUUCCAUUUUUCCUCCACACAUGACGUUGUGUGUUACUCCCAAACAAAUCAACUUUGGUUUCAUCAGUCCACAAAAUAUUUUGCCAAAACUUCUGUGGAGUGUCCAAGUGCCUUUUUGUGAACAUUAAACAAGCAACAAUGUAUUUUUAGACAGCAGUGGCUUCCUCCGUGGAGUCCUCCCAUGAACACCAUUCUUGGCCAUAGUUUUACACAUGCAGUAGAUGAUGUGUGCACAGAGGUAUUGGACUGUGCCAGUGAUUUCUGUAAGUCUUUAGCAAACACUUUAGGGUUCUUUUUUACUUCUCUGAGUAUUUUGCGUUGAACUCUUGGCGUCAUUGGUGGACGGCAACUCCUUUGGAGAGAAGCAACAGUGCCAAACGCUCUCCAUUUGUAGACAACUUUUCUGACUGUCAAUUGGUGAACAUCCAGACUUUUAGAGAUGGGUUUGUAUCCUUUCCCAGCUUCAUACAACUCAACAAUCCUUGAUCGCAGGUCUUCAGACAGCUCUUUUGACCCAGCCAUUAUGCACAUCAGACAAUGCUUCUUCAUCAAGACAAUUCUUACCGGGUGUGUGUUCUAUAGUGGGCAGGGCACCUUUAAACCACUCAUCAGUGAUUAGGCACACACCUGAUUUGAAUUGUUUGGUAAAAAAUGGUUUCAAUUGCUCUUUAAGUCUCCUCAGGCAGAGGGUUUACUGACUUAUUUUUCCCCCUUCUGUUUGCAUGUCACUGUUUGCAUGCUAUCCUCAUAAAAAUAUGAAAACCUAUGAAUGUUUUCGGUGGUUUUAGUUAAAGCAGACGCUGUCUUUACAUCUGUGGGAUUUUGACAAAGUUUAGAUCACAUUUGAUGAUGGUUUUAUGCAGAAAUGUGAGAAAUACCAAAAGGUUUAGAUACUUUUUCAUACCACUGUACAUAGUCAGCGGCUAGCUUGGAAUGAUGCGCCCUCUAGGGGGUCCGGUUUGCAAGCAUAAUGUGGGCGUGGUUGUGCGAGGGGAGGGGCUAAAACCAACAUAAGAUGAUGCACGGAGCCUUAAUAUAGUGUUUAUGUGUUCUGACUGUGAAUGCUCAUUUUUCAGUGCCAUUAACGGCACCAAACGUCCAAACCAUUUUGACUGGGAAGUCGGACAGCAAUCAUUCAUUGUCAGCCAAUGAGUUAAAUUUGUGCCUUAUAAAGGGUUAAACGCCUGCCUGGUUCUCAGUUAUACAUUAGCACUACACUCUGGUGAUGCGUAACUUAAUAAACAAUAAGUAAGCCUAAAAAGCUCAAGCACCCAUUUGAACUGAGCUCCAGAGCUCUUGUCAAGCUCCAUUUUCAAGUCAGUUCCUCAGAUCACAUUAAACCCAUUUGAAAAGAAUACAUUCAACAUUAAUAUAUUAGUAAUGUCCCCGGCAAUCCUCGGCGUCCCUUUCUUGCUCCUCCUGCUGGGACUCGGAAGCGUUGCGCAGGACGACAGCCCUGGAGGUAAUAACAAAGGCUGCGUUUGUGGCUAUCCCGGCAUCCCUGGGGACCCGGGGCACAACGGGGCACCUGGAAGGGAUGGCAGGGACGGACUCCAAGGCGAGAAAGGAGACACGGGUGGACUUGGUGCAACAGGACUGGCGGGAAAGGAUGGACCAAAGGGAGAAACAGGGGAACCUGGCCCACCUGGUCCAGCAGGGCUAAAGGGGAGAAGAGGGGACAACGGAGACCCAGGACCCACAGGGAACAUGGGGCCCAAAGGUGUUGAAGGGCCGAUCGGUCUGAAGGGAAAUAAAGGCGAGCUUGGGUUACCCGGAUCCCAAGGGCCCAAAGGUGAAGAGGGAUUUUCUGGGCCGCAAGGUCCGAAAGGGGAAACUGGCCUUCGCGGGGACCGAGGCAUCCAGGGGCCGAUGGGUCCUCCGGGCAGGCAGGGGAUUAAAGGGGAGGUGGGCGCUCUAGGCCCCAAAGGAGGCGUUGGAAACAGGGGGGACCGAGGGUCUCGGGGAGACAAGGGGGACAAAGGCGAGAAGGGAGAUGCUUUUGUCAUCUCCAAAAGCGCUUUCUCCGUCGGACUUACCGCGCAGAGCAAACUACCGUCUACAAAUACACCCAUCCGGUUUGACAGGAUUAUUUACAACCAACAAAAUCAUUACGAUCCCCAAACUGGAAGGUUUACAUGCUUGGAGGCUGGUGCCUACUUCUUCACCUAUCACAUCACGGUGUUCUCCAGGAAUGUGAAGGUGGCCCUGGUGAAGAACGGUGCCAAGAUGCUCCACACCGCAGACAGCUACCAGAGUGCUGAGGAUCAGGCAGCUGGGGGUGCUGUGCUGCACCUGGAGCCCGGGGACAAGGUGUGGCUCCAAGUCGUCGGAGGUGAGCUCUUUAACGGGCUCUACGCUGACGAAGAUGACGACACCACAUUCUCUGGGUUCCUUAUUUUUGGGGCCUGAUGUGGCGUGCCUCAAAGUCCAACGCUUGGCUCACUUCUUUUUUCCCCAUUUCUAGUCCCAAAUAAAUGUAUUAAGUUCAAUAUAUAUGGUCUUGAGUUGAACACACUAAUUAUAAUGGCAUGUUUUUUUGCUAGCUAUUCUGUACAUUUUCAUAUGGAUCCCAACUUAAACAAAAUAACAUGAAAU